AUGGAAUCUAAUAGCACCACUCCAGCAACUGACAUAGAUCAAGGUCACGGAACACAUGUGGCUGGCAUUGCAGCAGGCAACUUUGUGGAUAAUGCAGAGGUCCUUGACCAAGCUCUUGGAAGAGCAGCAGGAAUGGCGCCAAGAGCAUUUAUAUCAGUGUAUAAGGUCUGUUGGAAACCUGGAGGUUGCGGAUCAGCUGGUGUCUUAGCAGCUAUAGAUAAAGCAAUGCAAGAUGGGGUGCAUAUCCUCCAAAUGUCCUUUGGGGCACGACCUCCUAACUUGCCUACUUCAUUUACUGAGGAUGAUGUCGCUGUUGCCACGUUCUCAGCAAUGCAGAAGGGGAUCUUCCCCUGCACAGCUGCUGGUAACAAUGGCCCAGACCCAAAGACAUUGAGUCAUGCUGCACCGUGGGAUAUGGUCGCCGGUGCAACAACUACAGAUCGGAGAAUAAGAGCAACUGUGACACUCGGCAAUGGGACACAAUUCCACGGAGAAAGUGCCUACCAACCCAACAUGGUUACUAAUCAAUUUUUAUCCCUUGUUUUUCCAGGUAGCAACGGACAACAUAGUCAACUAUAUUGCUUUAAUAAUUCGUUAAAUGGCACUGAUGUUAGAGAUAAGAUUGUGAUGUGCAAUAUUGGAGGUUUAGAUAACAUCGAAAAAGGUAAAGUUGUCAGGAAUGCUGGAGGUGCUGGCAUGAUCCUUAUGAAUUUUGAAAGGUUAGGGUACACAACAUUUUCAGACGCUCACCAUCUUCCAGUAUCACAUGUGAGCUACAAAGAUGCCAUUCAAAUUAAAGAUUAUAUUAUUUCAAACUCUACACCUACAGCAAAGAUCACCUUCGGUGGAACAAUAUUUGAUAUUCACCCAUCUCCGCAUUGGCAUACUUCUCAUCCAGAGGCCCGGCCAAGUAUAAUGGAAAUAUUGUGA